AUGCUUUCUCUUGCUGCUAUUAAGGGCUGGAAUUUAGCUCAUUUGGAUAUUAACAAUGCAUUUCUUUAUGGAGAUUUGGAGGAAGAGAUCUACAUGACCUUACCUCCUGGAUUUGGCCUAGCUCAAUCAGCUUCUGAUCACUCCCUCUUCUACAAGUACUCUCCAACUGGUACAUUCUUUGGAGUUGUUAUCUAUGUAGAUGACAUCCUCGUGGCUAGUAGUGAGGAGAAUAUGAUCUCUGAGUUCAAGGCUUUCCUUACCAAUCACUUCAAAUUCAAGGACUUGGGCAAUCCAAAGUACUUUCUUGGCAUUGAAAUUGCUAGAAACAAAUCUGGGAUUUUCAUUUCCCAGCAUAAAUAUGCCUUGGACCUUGUCUCUGAUGCUGGUUUACUAGGUUGCAAGCCAACCUCUACUCCUAUGGACUCUAUCAAACAGCUCCAACAAGAUGCAGACCCUUCACUUGAGGAUCCGGCAGUAUACAGAAGACUAAUUGGAAGACUUGUAUAUCUAUGCAUCACACGCCCGGACAUCACUUUUGCUGUCAACAAACUGAGCCCAUUCUUAUCCAAACCUUGUUCAGAUCAUCUUUUUGCUGCUGAAAGAGUUCUCAAAUACCUAAAGGGCACAGUUGGCCAUGGUUUGUUUUACUCUGGUCAAGCAGAUCUAUCCUUAAGCAUCUUCUCUGAUGCAGAUUGGGCCGGCUGCCCAGAUACACGCCGCUCUAUCUCUGGUUUCUGCUUAUUCCUAGGCACAUCAUUGAUUUCUUGGAAAUCAAAGAAGCAACAUACGGUCUCAAGAUCAUCAGCUGAAGAUGAGUAUAUGUCUAUGGCGCUCGCUUGUUGUGAAGUAGUAUGGAUCAUUGCAUUACUUAAAGAUUUUGGCAUUAAUAUGCAGCAGCCCAUUCCUUUAUAUUGUGAUAGCCAGGCUGCCGUUCACAUCAGUUCUAACCCGGUAUUCCAUGAGCGCACAAAGCAUAUUGAAAUUGAUUGUCACACGGUCCGUGACAAAAUACUAGAAGGGGUGAUCAAAACUGUCCAUGUUCAUAACAACAAUCAACUUGCCGACAUUUUCACCAAGCCUUUGGCCGCUGCUCCUUUCCACAACUUACUAAUCAAGAUGGACUUUACAAGUCUAUAUAGUCCAUCUUGA